UUACCAGCGCCGAGAAGAGUGUGAGGAGGCUGUGCGUAUCGAUCCCUCGCUCUCCCUCACAGCCAUUGCGGUGCAUUGGGCUCCAUAGGAAGACUCAGGCGGCAGCGGCGGCGGGCGAGGGCCAUCGGCGAGUGUUGCGGCGCGUGUUGCGUUGUGUGUUGUGUGUGGAAGGGAGCCCCCCGGCAGGCGGAAUCAUCAAAAAUGGGCAAAGGUGAUCCUAAAAAGCCAAGAGGUAAAAUGUCCUCAUAUGCCUACUUUGUGCAAACUUGUCGGGAAGAACACAAGAAGAAACAUCCAGAUGCUUCAGUGAACUUUUCAGAGUUCUCAAAAAAAUGCUCAGAAAGGUGGAAGACUAUGUCUGCUAAGGAGAAAGGAAAGUUUGAAGAUAUGGCACGAGCUGACAAGGUUCGUUAUGAAAGAGAAAUGAAAACUUACAUACCACCAAAAGGCGAGUCAAAAAAGAAGUUCAAGGACCCAAAUGCACCAAAGAGACCUCCUUCAGCAUUUUUCUUGUUCUGCUCUGAGUAUCGUCCAAAAAUCAAAGGAGAACAUCCUGGUCUUUCUAUCGGGGAUGUUGCAAAGAAACUUGGAGAGAUGUGGAAUAAUACUCCUGCAGAUGAUAAGCAGCCCUUUGAAAAAAAGGCAGCUAAACUGAAAGAGAAGUAUGAAAAGGAUAUUGCUGCAUACAGGGCUAAAGGGAAGCCUGAAGUAGCCAAAAAAUUAGCUCCAAAGCCUGAGAAAAGCAAGAAAAAGGAGGAAGAGGAUGAGGAUGAAGAGGAGGAUGAAGAGGACGAAGAAGAUGAGGAGGAAGAAGAUGAGGAGGAAGAAGAAGAUGAUGAAUAAGUCUCCUUUCUAGAUUUUUUUGGUCUAUAAAAGCAUUUAACCCCCCUGUACACAACUCACUCCUUUUAAAGAGAAACAAAACCAAGGUUGUGUAAGAUUUGUUUUUAAACUGUACAGUGACUUUUUUUCCUUUUUCUUUUUUCUUUUUGUAUAGUUAAUACACUACCAAAUGCGUCUUUUGGUAGACCUGUCCUUUAGUGGUAUCUCAGUGGCCACUAACCUUGCCUAGUACAGUAUGGGGGUUGUAAAUUGGCAUGGAAGUUUAUGGAGAUUUCCUGUUGGUGCACAGCACAAAUUAGUUAUACAUGCAGAUGUAGUUCAUUACUCAUCUUCAGUUGUCUGCAUCAUAAAAAUAGUAGUUGUUCUGUUUAACUGAAUACCACUCUGGAAUUGCAAUGAAAAAGAAAAAAAAAGUUGUAGCUGUUGACAUUCUGAUUGCUUCUAAGUUAAAUACAUUUUUUAAAAAAAAUUAGCAUCGCUGUCCUUUUAAUAGAUGCCCUUGUAAAGACAAUAUUUUUCCUCCUUUUUUCCUGGAAAGUUCAUUUUUAUGCCCUUUUGGAAUCGCAUCAUAAUUACAGAUAACCUGAUGGGAGAGCUUUGAUCUGUAUGCCCUACAUAAUCAUGAUAGGGCAGGAAAUAAAAUCUAUCCAGGAAUAUGCACUGCAGGGCUUUUUCUAGUAACAGGUCACAAUAAAAUAACAAAACAUUUGUUCUUAGCUAAUCUAUAUUUGCUCAUUUUUUAUUACAUACGAUGUUCUAUGGGGGUUGUGUAAAUUUACCAGUUUGGGAGAUAUGAGAGAUGCAGACUUCAUUGGCAUGGAUACUUCUAGGGAGGACAUAACAUCAUAUGAGUAUCCUUGUAGGUCUAGGUAAAGUGUAUAUUCUCAUUCUGAUUUGUGAGGAAAUUACCUGUAUGACUUCAUUGGUAAUGAAAGUUGAAUUUGCAAAUAUCUGAAUGCAGAGGUGAGUGUACCUUACCUAAGUAGGUAAUGUUAAAUGCUAAAUUACUGUAAUCCUUUAAGGAUACUAUGACAAGUGAUAUUUGUGGGUUUUAUACCAAGAACUCUCCUGGUACUAAAAAUCCCACAUGAAAAGAUUUUACUUUGCUGAUGUUUUUUAUGAGUGGUACUCUCGCUUGAUCUGUAUAAAUCUUCGUUUUCAUAUAUACUAGUUUUUGCCCAUUUUCAACAUUUUACAUUGUCUCAAAUUAAGAUGGGAUAAGACAUAUCAUUCUAUUAUUCUUAUGAUGCAUUCUUGAUGUUUGCCCAUUUUGUAAGUUAAAAAUAAGGGGAAAGUACUUUCCCCCCGCGUUUAGGUGUGAGAUGUAAUGUGCUGUUCUAAUGACCUCUGAUUUGAUAAAAUAUAGGUUGCUUUGAAAACCAAAGUUAAAGUUUUUAGUAUUCAGUAAAAAGUGCAGGCAGUUGACUCUUACAUUUUCCUGCAAACUAAUUUGGGGAUUGAUUGGCAAUUCUGUAGUUAUAAAAUGAUGGUUCUCAAAUGCCAGUGUUUAAAGAUAGGAUUCUUGUAAUUUUACACGCAUUUUUUUGAUGGAGUAUUGUUUUGUUAUACAUUUUUGACUUUUAAGAUUCUUACUUCAAUUUUGCAUUUGUUUAUGUAUAACCUCAGGAGAAUACUGAACAUCUGAUUUCCUGGUUAAUACUAAUAAAAUAAUAAUUACAGAGGUUUUA